CGGUCAGCUAUUAAUCAUACAAAUUGUCACUGUAUACCGAAAAUAUUGGAUUUACUAUCGCUGCUGUCAUAUACAACCUCGGUUUAUUAGUGUUUGUCCAGUCUGUAACGCAAGCUUCAUUGAUUAGAUAGAUAAAACGCUUUGUAUAUUGAUCGAGAACCAUCGUAAGAUGUGAUUUGUUUGCAGAAUGAUUAGUUAACUGUAGUCAAUCGUGGACUCCGCGCACAACUAACGUUAGCGGUGAAUAAUUGGUCAGUCACAAAUGUAUUAUUGGUUUGGUGCACUGUGGCAAGUUAAUCAGUAUAUCUAGAAGAGAUUAGUUACCACGGAAUGAAAGCGUGAUGAGAGAUUUGGGUUAGUGAGACGCCCGCUUGGAUCUCAGGCUACAGGUAUAGAACUGUAGAUGAGUAAAGACAGGGCCAGUGGUUACCCGGAGCUAAUGUUAUUGUGUUGGUGCCGUGGAUGAGUGAGGGUCAAAGAUGACUCCGGCUAGUGGUAGUUUUCAUGUAAAGAAAAAGCAGUGCAGGUAAUGUUGGCUGAAUCCUGUCAUCAGUAACGGAGCAGGCGUGAAUGAAGGAGGCUCCCCUCUCAUGGAUGUCUGCAGUAAGAACUCCAAUCGCACGGCCCCAGUGAGUGAGGGGGGAACCAGGAGAGCCGAUGUUCCCCUGUGCUCUCGGACCAAUGGUUGGAGCUGGCCUCCGCACCCUUUCCAGUUCCUGGCCUGGCUGCUUUAUCUCUACUUUGCUGUCACUGGUUUUGGUGUAUUUGUGCCUCUGCUCCCCACACACUGGAUUCCAGCCGGAUAUAUUUGCACAGGGAUUACGUUUGUGUGUCACCUCUUCAUGCACCUCAUGGCCGUCUCCAUUGACCCUGCAGACUAUAAUGUCAGAGCUAAGAGUUAUAAAGGACCCAUGCCGGUGUUUGAUCGCACCAAACAUGCACACGUCAUUGAGAACUGUCACUGCUACCUCUGUGAAGUAGAUGUGGGCCCUAAAUCAAAACACUGUAGCGCGUGUAAUAAGUGUGUGGCAAGCUUUGACCACCACUGUCGAUGGCUGAACAAUUGUGUGGGCAGCAGAAACUACUGGCUCUUUCUCAACAGUGUGAUUUCUGCUCUGCUGGGGAUUGUUUUGGUUGUAGUUAUUGCUAGUUAUAUUUUUAUAGAGUUCUUUCUGGACCCAUCAAAACUUCGAUCUGACAAGCACUUUCAACAGGUAAGGAAUGAAUCCGUGGUGUGGUUUGUGUUUCUGCCGGUGGCUCCUGUCACCACAGCAGGUCCAGCCAUUCCCGCUCUAGCAGGAGUCACCAUUGCCCUGGGUCUCCUGUCUGCACUUCUGCUGGGCCAUUUGCUCUGCUUCCACAUAUACCUCAUGUGGAACAGACUCAGCACAUAUGAGUAUAUUGUGCGACAACGACAUCGGCAAGAGGCCAGUGAUUCCAGGAAGCCUCCUCCAGAGAAUGACUCUGCGGUUCCCAAGUUGAAUCUAAUCAAGCAGCAGGUCAGUUACAGUGGGACACUUGGCUACACCAACCCUGAGAUGGAAGUUGAAAAUCCAAAAGCCAUGACUUCCCAAGAAGGAGCAGUGCGUUAUGGCAAUGGCCGGAUCAGAUGCUCAUCUGAACACAUGGAUGAAGAAGAACACCUCCCCUCUGUCUUAACUGAGCAAAAAGCAUCACCUCACCCUCACAAACAUGCACAGAAGAAAAAGAGGAAAGUGCGCAAACUUGCAGCAGAGGUUAACGGCGACAUGUCCAUUGACACUAGCACCACAAGAGUCCUACAAAAGACUUCUGCUGAGCAGGAGUCCUCUGUAGCUGCCGCCACUGUGUCCUCUUCUCUCGGCCAACGCUUACCCUUCCCAGCAUUCCCCCUGCGGGCCUCUCUCCCUCCUCUUGCCCCCGUACAAGCCGCUGGUCCCCCUGCUGAGUAUCAUUCUGACUCCGCAGAGUCUCUGGAGGAGAUCCCUGUAGCGAUGGCUCGGCUUGGCAGUGCAGCCCUGGCUGGAGCUCAGAUUCCCACCACUACUGCUACUGCCUCCUCCAGCUACUCCUCCAUGCUACAGUGCACUUUGCCCUCCUCAGCAGCCGGCCACUCUGCGCCCUCCCCUCAGCCCCGGACCAAGAGGAAAACAACUGCCCGUAAAGCGGCAGAGCAGAGGUUUGAGAUGCUGUACCACAAUCCAUCAAUGUUCAUGACUCGAGAAAGCGGCGAACCAGCCAUUCCUCCAGAGGAGAGUCCUCGAGCAGCAAAACGCAAACAGACAGGUAAAAAGAGAAAUAUUGAAGACGCUAAACCCAGUUCCAGGGUAGGAACCUCGCUGGCGUAGUGAACGCUAUACACUACAAAGAUGUCAGGAGACAUCGGGCACAUCUGCCUUGCCUCUUUGUUAAAAAGCUUGAAGAUAAGCUGAUUUGGUAGGAUCAGAUCAAAACUGAUGUAGCCUAUGCAAACACCACUGAACGUCAGCAAUUAGGGUGGAAAGAAUGUCUAAUGCUGGUUGUCAUUGGUCAUUCUUAACAGCCCAUAUUGCAGGAUGAAUGCGUUUGACAGAAGUCUUCAAUCAGAAUCGCUUAUAUUGUAUGUAUUUAACUUUCGUAAAGUGAUUAAGCCUUGGAAUUGGGCCUUAUAUGAAUAUGAAUUAGGCCGCUAUAUGAAUCAUAUACUUAUGUAACUUUUAUGAAUUACAGUGCAUUUCACUAUGACUUUGUUAUAGCAUUAACUGUAACACUUAAAGGGAUGGUUAACUCAAAAUUUUUAUUUACUCUCUUUUCACUCACACUCAAGUGGUUCUAAUCUUUUCAUGAAUUUCUUUCUGGUGAUGAACACAAAACAAGAUAUUCUGAAGAAUGUUGGGAAACAGCAGCUUUUGACAUCCAUAGUGGAAACAAAAAUACCAUGGAAAUCAAUGGCUGUAUGUUUCUUUUGUGUUCAAUGGAAGAUAUAAACUCACAUGGGUUUGGAACAAGUGGAGGAUGAGCAAAUGAAUUUUCAUUCUAUCCCUUUACUGCAGUGCUGCACUUUUAACUAUUUAUUUAUGUAUGUUAAAUGCCAAAGUUGACUUAGUUUUCCAUGAUGAAACACCUGACCACUGAUAUUAAUUUUCAGGGAUUUUAGUCCAUAUUUAUAUAUUAUUAUUCAUUAAGUUAUCUUAUUUUUUAACUAUUGUUGAUGAUGUGUUUUUUAUAAGCUUUUACUUGUCUGGUUGUUUGAAUCAGAUCCAGUUGUGAUUAGGUGAACAUGAGGUAUGUACAACAGAUUUUACUUCUAGUGGUAUAUGAAUGUACCGUCAUUUCUGUCAUUCCACUUUAUGUACUUACUCAAGUGCUUUAGUCACGUUUAUAUGAUGCAGUGCCACACGAUGUCGGCAUUUGUGAUUGUAGUUCACUCCCUCCAUCUCAAAUGCUGCUCUGACAACCCAAUAGCAUUGUGUUCAAUCUGUGAAGUCAGACAUUGUUGGUACAUGAUGUUUUGGGUGGAGGGAGUGGUUGAAUGAUGGCAGGAUGAGGAAGCAAUAUGAUUUUUUUUUUUUUAAGUUUAAAUAAAAUCUAUUUCUUUUUAUUUGUUUUGUAACACGU